GGCAAUUUUGACGUCGCAGCGAACGGUUGUGUCUUGUUUCCGUCGAGUUGUAGAGGGGUUAAAGCACAGCUAAGUGGCCAAUUUGUUGUACUGAGUCAGAUAACACAUUUUCCCAAUUGACUAAAAUAGCGCUUUWAGUGAAUCAAUUAUAGAAAUCUUCGAAUAAUAAACGGAAACAACGAAUUCGUGCUCACAGCCAAGGCGGUAUUAUACGCUCUUAAUAACCAUACAAAGAAUAAAAGCAAACGAAUUCAAGUGACGAAAAAAAAUUCGCUGAAGAAAAAUCAUUAGCGAGAAGGUGAACAAGCAAAUUAUUGAUUUUCCGUGACGAAACAGCAGAAUAAAGAGAACUUAAGAGCGUCAGCUGAGGUGAAAGACGACAGUGUUAAAAAGAGAGAGAGAAAAAAAAACACACAUUACGAAAAUUUCUUUUAACAAAAAUAUUGAAAAAUAACACAAAUAUUGCUAAUUAACAACAACAAAAGUUAAAACGGUGUUUAUUCUUGUUGUUAUCUCGUAGCAGUAGUGAAGUAGUAAAAAUAUAUGUAUGUAAAGAGGCCCCCGAACAGCCGCUGAACAUAAAAAAGUAACCAGUGUGCAAGAAAUUUAAGAGCUAAGCGGCGUCUUUUGCAGCGGAAGUGCAUUUACAUUCAGGUCACGCGUCGCGCGCUCAUACUCACGUACGCACUCGACUGCCGUCAGACGGGAGUUGCAACAGCAGCAAAGGMGAAAUAGCAACUGAUAAACCAACAACAAACACACCAGUACAGUAAAAGAAAGAAAACUAGCAAGCUCAAGUCCAAAUGCCAACACAACGCSAGGAUUGACACAUCAGCACAGUUUGGCCUCAACCACAGACACACACACGCAUACACAMACAUAUCGACUACCACAAGUGCCACUCAUUAUACAGCCACCAAGCACCUGUGCAACAAGCAAUACAAGAACAAUAAGAACUACAACAAAUCACAUUACGAACUCUAAAGCCAAUUGAAAAAGAAGAAAGGCAAAGCAGCAGUCGCAAGAARCAAAAUUCGGUUGUUGUGGUGUAAGUGUUGAGUUGCGUGCCUUGAAGAUGCCGCAGUCUGAAGGCGGCUACACGGCGCUUGAUAGCGCCGGUACCAAUGGCCAAGAUGGUAGUGGUGGCGCCAUCUAUCAGUCCACCACAGAGCCGACCGGUCCACACUCGGUUUUCGAAUCGAUGAAACGCGCCAUUGGUCAGGUGGUGGGCACAACAAAUGGUAGUUCCCAGGAUACCGACGAUUUGCUAACGACAACCAAUGGCCGUCAGGCCACCAUUGUUGGAUCAAGAGACCGGGACAAAAUCGGUAAGCCAGUGAACACGAAGAUGCCAUCUGCGCCGACACACACGGCCGAGGAGGCACGUCUGUUGGGCACCAUGCCCGUCGAUCCUAUGGACGAUAUUGAAUUGCGCUCUGUGUGGCUGCAAUUCCCAUACACACGCGGCUCCACWUUGCAGGCAUGCGAGCAACGUCUUGUGCCCACUGAUAAGGGCGAUAUACACGUGUCCGUGCAGGGCGACACUACAAAGCCGGCAAUUUUGACGUAUCAUGAUCUGGGAUUAAAUUAUGCUACUAGCUUUGCUGGAUUUUUCAACUUUCCGCCACUUCGUAGUUUGCUUGAGAAUUUCUGCGUCUAUCAUGUGACAGCUCCCGGGCAAGAGGAAGGAGCACCUACAUUGCCAGAAGAUUACGUCUAUCCAACCAUGGAUGAAUUGGCCGCUCAGCUGGUUUUCGUGAUGUCGCAUUUUGGUCUGAAAUCAGUGAUCGGCUUCGGUGUUGGCGCUGGCGCCAAUAUACUGGCACGCUUCGCUCACAACCAUCCGGAUAAGGUCGGCGCCUUGGUGCUCAUCAAUUGCGUUUCGACACAGUCCGGCUGGAUCGAGUGGGGCUACCAGAGUUUCAAUACACGUUUCUUGCGUACCAAAGGUAUGACUCAGAGCGUCAUCGAUUAUUUGAUGUGGCACCAUUUGGGCCGCAAUCCAGAGGAGCGCAACUACGAUAUGGUGCAAAUGUUUAAGCAACACUUUGAACGCGGCGUCAAUCCCACUAACUUGGCCAUGUUCAUCAAUUCGUACAUACAUCGCAACGAUUUGAAUAUUACACGUACACCACCUGGCACUCCCGGUACGCAGCCAUCGUCGUGCACACUGAAAAUGCCGGUUAUUAAUAUUACUGGCGCCUUAUCRCCACAUGUCGACGACACCGUUACCUUCAAUGGGCGCUUGGAUCCAACAAACUCAUCUUGGAUGAAGAUCUCCGAUUGCGCCAUGGUGAUGGAGGAACAGCCGGCGAAAUUGGCCGAGGCCUUCAGGCUUUUCCUGCAGGGCGAGGGCUACGCCACACCGCUCUCCACGCCAGCCACCUCGCCAUGUGGCACCAAGUAUCAGACCUACUCGUCCAUCUUCUUUGCCAACUUCAAGGAGCAGCAGGAGAAGGAGCGACGCGAACAGCUAGCUGAGCAACAACAACAGCUGCAGCAGCAGCAGAAACAACAAAAGAAGCUGCGCAGCAAUGUGCGCCUCUGUCGCGAAACUGCCAUUAACAACAACAACACCACGAAUACCGGUUACGCCUCGAGUAGCGGCGACGCCUCCGGCGGCGAGUCCGACGGCAACGGCAAUCAGUCGAUUGAACGCGAACGCCACUUGCCCGCCUGCGACAUGCAGAAGGRCUUGGAUGAUUUGGACUUYGUGGCGGAGCCGGAGGUGAGCGUCAAUGGCACAKCAUACACGAGCGCGCAGAAGAUGCGCAUCACGGAGAAUCCACUGCCGGAGGCUGUCAGCUGUUAAACGCAAGCARAAGUAAGUUACAACACCUGAAGAAYCCAGUGAGCGUGCGUUAGAAGUAAGGAAAGGCAGCGUAAGUUAACGCAAAAGUAAGUGAAAUGUUGUGRAAGUGUAAAGUAGCGUAAGAAAAAGCGAAGCUGCGACGUGUGCGUAGUAAAACUAUACCAUACAAGAAUUGCUGCGUUUCUUCAAGCCUCAAUUGAAGACGUGCAUCAUUGCGCUCAGAAACCGAUUGUAGUGAAAUAAAUUGCRUAUUAAAACUAAAAUAGAAAAAACACAACUUUCGUAAGCGGCAUUAGUGUAUGCGCGCAUUUGACAUCAACAAGCUGCUGAGGCCGCGCCAUGCGCCACACAUACAUACGUAAAUGCAAUGAAUCAACAACGAGCGAAUUAACACUGCUGCAGCCGACACCGCCCAUAAAUAUGUAGAAACCAAAAAUUAUUUUUUUUUAUUAGAAAUGACUUUGUUUUAUUAUAAUUAUACUCAGAAAAGAGAAAUGAGAUGUUAGAAAUAUAGUUAAGCAGAUUCUUAAAUGUUAUCCCACUAUUUUGCCUUGGCCGAAAAWUAAACAAAUAUUU